UGGAUUCUGGGAGCCUCAUAUGUGAACAGCGGAGGUGGUCAUUUAUAAGUGUCCUUCAGAUGGCUCCUGGGAGCGUCACCAAUUCCUCUUCUUCCUCCUCUUCCUCUUCCUCCUCUUCCACAGCAGGGCCAGCAGAGCCCCCUGAGUAUGGGAAGCCAGGCCCGACCUCCAACACGGUCAUGGUGACCCGUCGCCACCCCACAGUGCUGCGCAUGGUGCUGGAGGCCCUCCAGGCAGGGGAGAAGCGCCGGGGCACCUCGGUGGCAGCCAUCAAGCUCUACAUCCUGCACAAGUACCCCACAGUCGAUGUCACCCGCUUCAAGUACCUACUGAAGCAGGCCCUUGCCACAGGCAUGCGCCGUGGCCUCCUUACCAGGCCCAUCAACUCCAAGGCCAGGGGUGCCACUGGCAGCUUCAAGCUUGUCCCCAAGCGUCAGAAGAAGCCGAAGUGCAGCAGGAAAAGUACUCGGACAGGGCCUGCUGGCUCCAGCAAGAAAAAGAUUGCAGAACCAUGCGAAGCAAGAGCUCCCCGCAAACAAGCCAAAGUCCUAGAGACAGCCCCUCAGGGAGGCUGCAAGGCGAAAGGCACUGGGCCACAACAGGUUGUAGCCAAGAAGGACCCCCCAAAGUCAGCUGGGGCUUCCUCAACUGUCCACAAGCUUGGCAAGAAGCCCAAGGUCCCAGGCAGCAGGAGCAGGCAAGAAGACACAGGAGCCCCUCGGAAAACUUCAACUGCAGCCUCCAAGGCUGGAAAAUGUGCUGCCUCCCUGAAGGGUACAAAACCCACAGUGAAGGCCGCCCCAGGGCCUGGACCCAAAGCCACUGCUGCCCCCAAAGCCGCCACUGCUUCCAAGGCUGGGGCCCCCAGGACCAGGACUCUGUCUCCAGCCAGGAAGGCUGGGGGCCCCAAGAACCCCAGGCCACUGGUCAAGAGCUCAUAGUUAUUGUGCUCAGAGCUCAGUAGUUAUAGGCUGUGGUGGGACUGUGGGUGGCUGGGCUGGAGUUUUUAUUCCUCCAAAUCGUUUGCACUACUUAUUUAACCCUAACUUAUUUCUCAAAUCAUGACCUAGUUAUCAAUAAAGACACUGAUGUAUCACA